CUAUGUAUGUAAGUAUGCAAGCCCAGAUCAAGACAUGGCAGGGCAGGCCCAGAAAGAUUCAGUCAGUCUGGUGCAGGAAUGUCUCUGUUGCUCCGAGCCAAGAAGAACCGCACACGCCCCCAGGGAAGACAGGCAUGCAAUCCAGAACGCUAUCGUUGAGCAGGGUCUAGCGUCAAGUCCUGAAUAUGGGAUUUUUGGAGCAAGGGCACAGAAGCCCGAGGAAUGACAGCUCCAGGCGUGGACCCGGGGUGACAACCGAUGGAGUACAGGUAGUAAGAAACCCACACAAGGGGGUGAGAUGUUGCAAGGCGAGGCGAGGCAAGGGUGGGAUUAUGGCCCACGCCCUACGAUGGCUGAAGCUAGGCAGUCUAGCUAGGAUAAAUGGAUGCCGUAGUAUGGACGCUAGGGAGACAAGGAGCAGAGCCAAUGUCAGCUUACAUGACGUGAAGCCCUCGUCCAGUCUAAUAUUGUGCUAUGUCCUGGCUGGCUGCCUGUCAUGGACCACAGGGGACGAGGCACAAGAGCACCGGGCACAUCAAGUAGGUGGCCAAUCGUUUUCUUACACUGCCACGACCUCCAAAGGGACGAGCGGCGGCGAGCGGCGACCACCAGUGUUGAAAUGGUCCGAACGAACAGGGGACGAGAACAGAGAAAUAUUCCGCGGUUCGGUCCAAUUCUUAGAAAGUCGCGCGUCCCAAGUAGAUGAGAACAAGGAGGGGUCGCAAAAAUAUCCUUGGAGCCAUCAAAUUGAAGGGAUGGAGGGUCCAGGGUCUGAUAGCACCCAUAGCUCCAGGUAUGGCUUGCGGAUGGCAGUCCGCUGGAUCGGCAAUCGAAAGAGCACAGGGAAGGCAAGGGACCUCCUUGGUCAAAAUGCUCGCUGCUACUUUCCCGUGGAUCCUCAAAAGGCCGAGACAGGGACGACACGAUUGGGAGUGGAUGGCGUUCGGGGGGGUCCUGUCGACGCCCGCCCAUGUGUUGACGAGGAGCGAAAGAAAAUGUAUGUCAUGUCAGGGAGGGGGCUUGGAGAGAAUGGGGGCAAGGACCAUUUGCAGCCAGCCUCACCAUGA